AUGAACAACACGGUGAAGAACAAGGCGGUGUCAACAAAAAACGCUUUUCCAAAACAAAGCAAAAAAAAGAAGAGAAAUAAAAGGAAACUUGUGCAGAAUGCACGGCAGAAUGUCCACAGCAGUGACAUUGAAUUUGAAAAUGAUGCCAAGAAGCUUCUAGAUCAACGUUCACAAACGCUGCACCCGGCGCCGCUGGUCGGCGGCCUGGGCCUCGGCUCCGUGGCCUACUCGUCGCCCGUCGUGCAGAAGGUGGCCGUCGCCGCGGCGCCCGCCGUGUCGUACGCGUCCAGCCAGGUGAUCCGCCAGCCCUCGGUGGCGUACGCCCAGCCCUCUGUCGCCUACGCCCAGCCCUCUGUCGCCUACGCCCAGCCCGCCGUGUCCUACGCUCAGCCCUCCGUGUCCUACGCCCAGCCCUCCGUGGCCUACGCCCAGCCGGCCGUCGCCUACGCCCAGCCCGUCGUCCAGAAGGUGGUGGCGGCCCCCGUCAUCCAGAAGGUGGCCGUCGCCGAGCCCUACGACCCCAACCCCCAGUACGAGUUCUCGUACGGCGUCAAGGACGCGCACACCGGCGACGUCAAGUCCCAGGUCGAGUCCCGCAGCGGCGACGUGGUCAAGGGCCAGUACUCCCUGAUCGAGCCCGACGGCACCCGCCGCGUCGUGGACUACGUCGCCGACCCCCACAACGGCUUCAACGCCGUGGUGCGCCGCGAGGGCCUGGCCAAGGUGGCCGUGGCCGCGGCCCCUGCCCUGGUCGCCAGCCACUACUAGGCGCCACCCCACCGACUGCCACCCGCUCAAUGACUGUGUUAGUGUUAUGGAUUAAUAAAUUAUCGUUGUUAUUUAUCAUCAA